AUGAAGAUGCCUGCCUCCUCAAAGCAUUUUAAAAGAUCUAAAAGAUUUUCAGAUUUUCCUUGGACCACGGAAAGAUAUCGCAAGCUUCUCCAAGAAAUAACUGAGGCAGAAAUUGAUGUUACAGCUGAAACUUGUAAAUCGAAUUUGGAAAUACAACUAAACCACCGAAUCUAA